GUCGUGUACGUCAUUCCAACUUUGGCCAUUCCAGGAGGAUUUGCGUACCCCCCGGCGCGAUAGUGGGGGCGCGGGUCUCUCGACCAUGGUCUGGUCUGGCCUGGGCCAGGCCCCCCAAGCUUACGGAGUGAUAGUGCUGUGCCUGUUCCAAGCAUCUCUACUCCGUAAUAAGAAGCCAUCAAAAAUGGAAACCGCAACCGGAAACCACAACAACGACAAACGAGGAGAGGUCCCGUCGCCAGUCGUCUUUUUUGCGUCUAAUCUUGACUCGUAUCUCAGAUUUCCGCACCAGAGUCGGAAUAUCCCAUGUUUGAAGUAGGCUACUAGGAAAGAAGAGAAGAAGCUGGGUGGUCUUCCUAGCCUCACCGCUGCUCCUUGCCGAAACACACCACGCUGAAAUUCCGAAGACCGGCCCAAAACUUGGUUAGCUCACCCGAGAGAUCUCCCAUCUGUGCAAA